CUAUCCGCCAAACCUACCUCACAAGGUUGCUGCUGUAAGGACAGAGCGGCAGAGAACCAUGUGACAAGCCGCUGUGGGUUCCGAUUGUGGAGAAAAGCGGGAUCUAAAUAAAUCAAACGAUCAAUAAACGAAGCCUCGGCCCAGCCUGCCCUUCUGCGCGCGCCUUCGAAACUCCCGCCGCUCUUUUAAAACCGUCAUCAGCAACGGCCCACGUAAGCACCGCCUUUUCCCGACACGCCUUGCGCUCAACGAAUCCUCUCAUCUUAUGCUUGAGGAGGAAUCCAGAGACGCAAGAUUUUUAAAGAAAAAAUCGUUUAUGGUCAGAAAUGGUGCUUCGCGUAACAAAAUAUAUUUCUAUAUAUCUAGCGAAUGAUUUUUCUUUAUCCGUACAGCAAGAUGGCUGCCUUCAUUGUUUCACCCUUCCGUACGGUAAUAAGACAAUGGCCCUCCGUCGGGCGCCGCACAACACAGCAACCACUUUCCCAGCAUGCCUUGUGUACUCCGUACGACAAGAUGGCGGUGCGCGCUCUAGUGCAGUACGUGGUGCUCAGGGGGGACCUCCGAUGUGAGCCGCUCUCGUGGCCCUUGGGCGCCCUCGUAGCACAGGCCUGUCAUGCCGCCCUGGCGGUGACGCAUGCUUACUACGACCAUCCUGACACCGGCACCUACUUGGCCCAGGGCGGCAGCAUGAGAACCGUCGUGCUGGAGGCACCAGAUGAGAGUGCUCUGACAGCAUUAGCAGAGGCCCUACAGCAAAAUGGAAUUGAUCAUAAAGUGUGGACAGAACAGCCUGAAAACAUUCCCACUUGCAUUGCCCUCCGCCCUUACCCUAAGGAAGAUGUGCACCGGCAUCUGAAGAAAUUCAAACUGCUGAAAUGAUCAUCCUUUCCUCUGGCCUUUGUGCAGGUUUGACUAAGAGAGACAAGUUUUCUCUGGGACUUUGCAAUGUAGCAGGAUCACUGGAAGGCACAAGAACUCCUUGGAGAACCACAGUCUCACUGCAUGUUGCUGGCAACUAUAUUCUGUUACCCAAAGUGUUCUGAUAGAGAGAAUUAAAGAUGUGCUUAUUCAUA